UCCCUUUAUUUUCUUGAGACUCUGGUGCUACGACGUGGGUCGGAUAUUUGGAAGUUUGUGGAGCGAAAGACCUUUAUAAGAAGAGCCAACGGGUUGGUUAUACCGUGUGGAAAAUGGGUGCCAGCCCUUGGGCUUUGGCUGGGAAGACAAUAAUGGAGGGAACGCUCUCUGUUUGGGGUCGACAAGAGGGUGUCGAGGAAUUGAAGGCUAGGCUUCUUUUGACCACUUUGGAACUGGAAUCAUUUCGAACCAACGCCCAGGAGGAGAUUAGGAUGAACCAAGAAAGCAUGAGCAAGUUAGUCCACCUCCUCAACAUAACCAGGCAAGAAAGGGAUGAAGCCAGGAGACAGCUUCAGAGUCUUCUGAACAAGACCAUACUUGGCAGUCCAGUGGAUCUUUGUUCCCCUGUUUCCCAUCCCCAGCCUCAAAGUCAAGAGAUCAAGCCCAUGGGAGCCACUCCCAACAUGAAGAAACCUGAUUGCCCAUCCAAUCCCUCUAAUCAAUACUCUCAUGUGGUCCCUUUCGCUGAUGCGGAGUCCUCUCCAGACAUGUCAAAUUUAAACAUGCUCCACCCAAGCAACACACAACUCCAACAGCAGCCAAUCCUCUUAGAACAUAAUAACUCAACGGGGAUCUCUUCAAACCUCGCUAAAUUUGACAGGGCUUCUGUGGUAAUUGAUAGGCUUGUCUCCAAGAGAACUCUGCCAGAGAAAGGGAGGCUGGUGCAAACCGUGAUGGAAGCAGGUCCGCUGCUUCAGACUCUUCUUGUGGCCGGGCCUCUCCCACAGUGGCGCAAUCCUCCGCCACUCAAGCCGAUUCAGAUCCCCCCAGUUGCGGCCCAGGGAAGCAACACCGAAAUUCCGAACCAAUUCCCAGUUCUGGAUCCAGAUUACGCUGUUAACAGCUCUCCAGAUGCGUCGCUCUACAAGAUAUCCCAAAUUGGAUCCGAAAUGGAUGCUACAUCCGACUCCAGUUCUUUGGGUGCAGCAGAUUCGUGUUUGAAGCAGGCAAUGUUAACAUCUCAUGCCAGCAGCUACGAAAGCUUGACUAAGAAACUGGGGUCUCAGUAGAAGCCAUGUUGUAUUUACUAAAUUUAUGCAGAGCCAGCCUUCUAGACCAGAGGAAAGCAUCUGGAGUAUGAAAUGUUGUUAUGUUUAAGUCUAAAAUUCAGAGACUAUGCUUAGACCGGCGCAAUGCCUUUAGAUUUUGAUUUUAAGUAUUAUAUAUAUAAUGAUGGAUUACUUAUUCUAA